CCUCAUUCUGAAAUAAAAAUUAAAAACACAGAAAGUAUCGAGUGAAAUUAUUAGCAACUAUCUUGAGUUUGGAGGCUCAAAUAUGGAUUAAUCCAAAGGCAAGAUGUAUCGAAUAACACCACAUAUAAGUCCAGAAAUGUAUGGGAUGUAAAACUCAAUGAGAUUAAAGUUUGGAACUAAUUUAUAGCACCUGCAUUUUCUGGGUUGUGUUGACACAGGCUCACUGAUUUUCCAACUCACAUUUACACAUUCCAUCAAAAUCUAGAGGUCUCUAGAUUGUUAAUUAUAUAACACCAUGUAAUAUGAUGCUCGUAUCACUUUGAUCAACAUUUUACACAAGAGAACUAUGGAUACCACAAAGAGAUUAUGUGUAUUUUUGCUUGGAAUUAUUCAGGUUUUAUAUGUCACCUGUACCCCUACCACAGUCAGCAAUACAACUGCCAUAUCUAUAUCCUGGGAUGCGUCAUCUUAUAAAUUAGACAUUUACAACUACACAGUCAAAUAUGACUUGGUGGGAGCAUCAACUUUAGACAAUAUAAUCAUAAUUGAAACGGGAGAUUUAAAAGAUGAACAAUUAAUUGAGAUUUCACCACUUUCACCAGGAGAGCUCUUCAAAAUAGAAGUAUAUGCACAAUAUAAAAAUGGCAGUAAUGCUUUAUUGUAUACCUUGGAGAAAGCAACAAUACCCCUACCAGCUGCUAGCUUUACCAUACAUAAUGUGACAACAACCACAAUCCAGUUCUAUACCAAUAUAGAUGCCAGCAGCAAACAGGACUACUGGGACAUCUUAUAUAAAGACUUAAGUGGGGGAACCAAUACUGAGAAGAGUUUAAACUCCACUGGGCCACUCCAUACCCUGCCUGGUCUCCUGCCUGGGCAUUGGUAUAGGAUCACUGCUGCAGCAGUCUCAAAUGGAAUCAGAAGUACUGACAAUACUGUCGAGCAAAAUACAGUGCCCCUAUCCCCUGUACUUGUGGCAGUAUCUGCAGUGAAUACAACAUUCGUAUCUCUACAAUGGGAACCAGGAACAGAUAGUUUGCAGGAUACUUAUGAAGUGACAUAUGAGGGAGUCACUACCUGUUCAGGUCCAAGCACAACAUGUCUCAUAGACACCAGUUCAUCUGCUGUAUUCCCUCCAGGAUAUCUAUUUACAUUCAAUGUAUAUAGUAUAAAGGAUGCUCAACGAAGUAGUCCCCUACAAGUACAACAUAGUACUAAACCUAUUCCACCUAGUAAUAUCACCAUAGUAACCAACUCAAAAACAUCAUUAACUGUCUCCUGGGAUGAGCCUCAGGCAGAAUUCCAGACCUAUACUAUCUCAGUGUCUCCAUCUGUUACUAUAACAACUGCAUCUGUUGCUAAGGGCAGCACAAGGGAGACGGUACUAAGUGAUUUAGUUGCUGGGCAACAUUACUUAGUGUCCAUAGUAACUGUUAGUGGGAGUGAGGAGAGUGCCGCAUACUCUAGAUCCUAUACAACAGAGCCACCUGCAGCCAAGAAUCUCAAAUCUGUCAGUUCAAAGGAGAGAGCCCUUGAUUUACAAUGGGAAGCCCCCACUGAAGCAGAUGGAAAUUUUGACAGAUUCAAAGUCAACUUAAUGCCAGCUGAUGGAGCAACCUAUCCUAUAUAUGUGAAUAGUUCCAUGCCUAAUAUCACAUUAGAGGAUCUCAUUCCUGGGAAGCUAUAUACAGUGAGUGUAUUGACCAUCAGUGGGGAGGUAGAAAGUCAGCCACUAUCCCAACAGUUCAGAACAGUGCCUUUACCUGUGCGUUCCGACAGUAUUUUCCGACAGAAUUAUACAACAGAAUCAGUUACUUUCACAUGGACUGGCAAUCCCAGCUCAGAUCCAAAUUCAGCCGUCCAUGAUGAUAUUUAUGCUGCAACACUACUGACAUCUGGUGGUGAAAUUCAGGCCCAGAAAAAUAUUUCUGGUGAUCGAAUUGUGACUUUUGAUGGGCUUAGUGCUGCAAGCCAAUACACAUUCCAAAUAUCUGUAUACAGUGGAGAGUUGGAGAGCUCCAUACAAAAUCGUACAGCCCUGACUGCACCUAACCCUCCAAGAAACUUCAAGAUUGAUAGCGUAACUUCAACAACCAUAUCUGUCUCAUGGGAUGCUCCCAUAAGUGGGGACUUUACUUAUUACCAUAUAUGGUUAUUCUAUGCUGGGACUCCCUCAAUCGUUCAAAACGAGAAUACAACUUUACAAACAUUACAGUUUAAGAAUCUCACCCCAGGAAAUCGCUAUGGAAUAACAAUGAAUACUUAUCUUCAAAGAGAUCAAUAUUUAUUUACUGGCAGUGAAUUCCUUACACUGACAAAUAUAACAACAAUACCCCUCCCCAUUAAUGACCUUCGAGAGGACCCUGGUAAGACCAGUACAACCAGCCUAGGGGUGACCUGGAAACCCCCACAUAACAUCUACUACUCUGCGUUCAAGUUACAAUUACUCCAUGGGUUGACAGAGAUUGCCACAGCUAUUACUGAUGACCUCACGUUGAUGCACCAAUUUACAGAUUUAGUGCCUGGCCGCACGUACACUGUUAAUGUACUUGUCUUGAGAUAUGAUGCUGAGAGCUCAAUCAUUUCUGGAUCGUUUACGACAAUUCCUAUACCACCUGGCGAAUUACUUGUCAAUCACGUCAGCCAAUCAGAAGCCAGACUGGGCUGGGUCAUCCCUACGAGUGAUUACGAAAGUUAUAAGUUAACUGUGAGAAAAUUGCCUGACUCGACACUUGAGCAAAUUAUUAGCAUCCCAGACAAAGCAACUCAGUUAUAUACAGUGAAGAGACUCCUAACAGGAACUCAAUAUGAGAUAGAACUGAAAACAGUCAGCAAGGAUAAGAGCAGUGAAUCAGUCAUGGCAGUUAUUGAAACAUUACCUCCCACUGUGACGGCUCUGCAGAUUCUUAAUGUGACGGAGACAACAAUAGAAGUUCGUUGGAUUGCCCCUGAAGGUGGUGACAUCACGAAAUAUAAGUUGGAAAUAGACCACUUGGGACAGGAUAAAAAAGAAAGCUUUGAAUUUGAAAAAGAUGCUGAGCUUCAGUAUACAUUUACUGGUCUGUUGCCAGGGCGUAGUUAUAAUAUUACCAUAGAAACCCUUAGUAGCAACCAGACAAGUGCACCUAACAAUGAUGUCCUCACAACAAAACCUCUCCCCAUCUAUAACCUGCAGACAAAUGCGUAUAAUACAUCAGCUAUCCAACUAUCUUGGGAUGUCAAUGCCUCCAGUGUCCAGGAUAUAUUCAGGAUCCUCUAUAAUGAGGAAAGUGAGAAUAUAACAACAGACAUGGUAUCAGUGGAGUGGACACCUGGCCAGUAUUCCUACCAGGCAGCACUCACCAAUCUCCUUGCAGGACAGAGGUAUCAUAUCCUGGUGAAAGCAAGCAGUCAGGAUGUACUCAGUAGUCCAAUCUGGGCCUACCAGAAUGUGGUGCCAGUGUGUGAUCUGAUAUUAAAUGAGGAUACAUCAGCAUCUACCACCAACAGUAUAACACUAGAAUACACACAAAACUCUGGAGUAUUUGACAAGAUUAUAUUCACUACAAAUCCUGCAAGUAGAAACUUUGAACGCUCAUCUACAGAUGAGAAAACAGUAACUCUCACAGGCCUCAAUGCAGGGACCUACUAUACAGUGAAUACAGAGGUUGUCAGUAACACUGAGACCAGUCAACCAUGUCAGCCAUACUCUGUUAAUACAAAUCCGCACCAGAUUGAUCCUCCUACAUUAGUUGUUCUGAACCAGUCCAUAACUGUCACCUGGCAACACCCCAAUGGCACAGUGGACCGCUACUUAGUGAAAUGUAUUGGAAAGAAUGGGGAGUUAUGCUCCCCACAGGAACAGAACAUUACAGAUUUCUCCCUCAAUGCUCCAGUGACGCUAGAAUAUGGGGGCCUACAGCCAAAUACAGAGUAUUUGUUCAGAGUGAUAGCUUAUCUUGGAGAGAAAUCGAGUUCUGAGCGAAUCAUUUCAACAAGCACAGAUGAAGCAGCUCCUGGCUCACCCAGGGAGUUCAAUGUGAAAGAGUUGAAGCCAAAUGAGGUUGAACUGACCUGGCUGCCUCCUACACAACUCAAUGGAGAGUUGAAGGAUUAUCACAUAAGCUACACAGGUGAAAGUGCUGAUAAGGCUAGUACAAGUACAGGCUCAGCGAGUCCUGAGGCUGGAGACACUAAGAUCAUACUGAGUCAACUAAGGGCAGGAUACAUGUACACAUUCACAUUAUCAGCAAAUACAAAAUACAGGGGGCCUGCAGCAACAGUGAGAAUAACCCUGAGUAUUGACAUUCCUGCGACGGCCAUUCCUCUGACAGAGUCUAAGCCAUCCAAGGUGGAAGACACUUCAUCCCAUGAUACACUGAGUGUGAACUUCAUUAACCCAUUCAAUGAGGAUAAUGGGGAAAUUACUGGAUACUCAGUCAUAGUGACAGAAGAUUCAAGCAUUCCAAUCGGAAAUGGAACAUUACCAAAAUACCAAGACAUCAAAUCUAAAGCAAUAUGGCCGCCAUAUCAAGCAACGGCCCCAUGUAAGGAUUUCUUCGAGCCCACCAGUACAUGUGGGGGCAAUACUGUAUUGAGUGCACGGAAGAGACGGUCCACAGGGGAGUCAAAGACUUUUGUUGUUGGAGGAGAAACAUGUAGCAAUGAGGAUUAUUGUAAUGGACCCCUUAAACCCAAUACAGAUUAUUAUGUGAGGCUACGAGCAUACACAGAAGCAGGUCACACUGACACAUUAUAUUCUUCACCUAUGAAAACUGCUGUACGUCCAACAACCCAGUCAAACGUUGCUCUGAUCGCAGGCCUAGUGGUUGCCAUGGUGUUGAUUCUUGCCAUCGUUCUAAUCCUGUUGUUCCUGCUACGGAGGCGAGGCAUCAUAUGUAAGGGAGAUGGCAAGAAGGGAUCAGAGCCUCCCCUCAGUCUGUCAGGGCUGGGCAGUCAAAGACAAACUGAUAGAUUUGCUAGCAGUCGACCUGUACCAUUAGAUCAGCUUGUGGAGCACAUUCGUCUUCUCAGUAAAGACUCAGACUUUGGCUAUUCAGAGGAGUAUGAGGAUUUGAAGCAAGUAGGCAGGGACCAACCCACUAGUGCUGCAGAGUUGCCAGUAAAUCGUGCAAAGAAUCGCUUCACAAACAUUCUCCCGUAUGACCAUUCUAGAGUUAAACUUCUCCCUACAGAUGAUGAAGAAGGAUCUGACUAUAUAAAUGCCAACUAUAUGCCUGGUCAUACAUCUAAGCGAGAGUUCAUCGUAACACAAGGUCCCCUUGCUGCCACAAAGGAUGAUUUCUGGCGUAUGGUGUGGGAACAGAACUGCAAAGCUAUUGUAAUGCUCACAAAGUGUAUAGAGAAGGGAAGAGAAAGAUGCGACCACUAUUGGCCCAAUGAUUCUGAUCCCUGUUUCUAUGGUGAUCUACAAGUUGUCAUACUAAAUGAGACUCACUGCACCGAGUGGACUAUAAGCGAGUUUAAAAUAUCACUAGGUGCCACCUCUAGGAAUAUAAAACACUUCCACUAUACAGCAUGGCCAGACUUUGGUGUUCCACAGAGACCUCAAUCUCUCAUCAAGUUUGUGCGGAUUGUCCGUGAAAAACUCCUCUCAACAAACAUCGAGGGCCCUAUAGUAGUACAUUGCAGUGCGGGUGUUGGUAGAUCAGGGACUUAUAUAUGCGUAGACCGCUUGUUACAACAUAUCAAGACCAGCAAUGAGGCUGACAUAUUUGGAUACGUCCAUGAAAUGAGAAGACAUCGAGUGUGGAUGGUCCAAACUGAACAACAAUACAUCUGUAUUCACCAGUGUGUGGAGUGUGUCUUAGAAGGGAAGGAUAAAGACCCUGUUAGUGUCCCCCUGGGACAGGAAAACCCCGCAUUUGAAGUCAAGAAAAAUCACAUCAAAGAUCAAGCCUAUUUCCCCCUGCAAAAUGAUGAAGGAAUAACUGUUGAAUCAUCAGACACUAACUAAACAAAGAAGUAAUCAACAACAAGUAAACAAACAAACAAAUGGUAAACAAAAAGCCAAAAAUGGAGGGUUUAACAGAAUAACAUUUUUUGCAAUGGAGAAUCAUCAGUAGGAGAAAAAUCUCACACAUACGUGUAGUUCAAAAUCUGAAAUAGACUGAAAGCAUCACCCGUGUUACCAUCAUCGCAGGACAGUGCAGUAUUUGAGUGUAGCAGUUCCUUUCUAGGAAAUAUUUUAAUAAAGGUUGUAUGAUUUAUUGGAACAAGUCAUGUAAACAAUUAUCUGAUAUGUUCCAGUUUACAAUUUAGUUUUAUACACAACACUAAAAGAGUGAUUUUAGUAUAUUUAAACCCUGAACUUUUCUUUAGAAAGCAAUGGUGGGUCGUUACGUGAUACAUGGUGAUAUUGUGUGCUCGAAUGAGAGAUAAUAAUAUGCA